CGUACAAGCAGCAAAACGUUCAACUGGCAGGCUUUACCCACAGAGCUGAAAGAGCACAUCCUGACCUUCUGCCUCCACCAAUCCCCGCCCCCAGGCCUAUCCAGGAGAACCAAAGGCGCCCCCGAAGUCACCGGCCAACUGGGAGACUGGGACUCCCUCCUGAGCGUAUCCCGCCAAGUCCGCACGCUGUGUCUCCGCCUCUGUCUCUCAGGAAGCAGCAGCCUGGUGUACAAGCACGGCCUCUGCAUCGACGUCGACACGCACCGCGACUUCAAAGACUGCAUCCGCCGCCUAGGCAAAUACUUCCAGCUGCUCGAACCCAACUCGCUCCCCCACGACGCCACAACGCAGCUCCUCGCAAAAACCUACCGCGACUUCCCGCUCGCCCACGCCCAUCUCGCGCGCUACGCUACCCUGCGCCACGGAAUCCGCAAGCUGCACCUGGAAUUCUCCUUUCUGGAUUGCAUGCACUUUUUCCGCGUCACAGUCGCACACUUCCCGCGCUUCUACCCGCACUUCCGGCUCGACUACCGCGUCCUCGACUCGCUGUCGGGCCUCGUUGCUGUGGCCGUGCGGCUCCCGGAUCCAACGGGCUACCUGGUGGACCGCGUGCCGCAGUGCGGACCGCGAUUGUUCUACGGCGACCCGUAUACUUGUCCGCGCAUCUUGCAUCGCGUCAUCUACGAGGCGGCGGCCGAGGCCAUGGCGCCGUGCGGCUUCUUCGCCUUGUACGGGUUUAUGGAUUACGACGAGAAAGCGCGGUUCGAAGCGCUGAGAGCGAGUGCAAGCGCCAAGGUCAAGUUUACCACUGACCAGCUCGGCGAGCUGUAUGCCGAGGAUCAGCCUGGCGGCGGCGGUGUGCAGCUCGGUGAGUGGAUUCAGCCUGGUGUUGACGCUGCUGCUGCUGCUGCUGCUGCCAGGAGUGAUGUCGACGAGGAGCUGGAUUUCGUCCGAGAUACGUUUUGGCCCCCCAAAUGCCGCUGCAAGGUUCGGUGCAGCAAGGUCCUG